UCUCAGGAAGAACCUGCAGCACUUCCUCCUCCUGUCACUCUUUAACGUUCGCGUUUCCUGACCCCGGAAAGCCAGAGGGACGCGCAGAGGAUGGCGGCUCUGGUUGCUAAGCCGGCGGUGUCGGCGUUCUCGUGGUGGCGCAGCUCGGCGCUCACUUUGCGCGGAGCUCUGGGUCCGAGCGCGCGGCUGCCCGCCCCCGGCCACCGCUGCGUGGAUCACCGCAGGCUGCACGCAGAGAGAAGAUGAUCCGGUGGAAGUGCACCUCAAGCGGUUAGAGGGCAAAGACGAGGGAAUCGUAGAGGUGUUGAUGUGCCGACACAAAGCGAGAAAUGCGCUCGGCCACGUGUUUGUGUCACAGAUGAGGGAGCUGAUGUCUGCUCUGGCCUGCGACUCAGCAGUUCGUGCGGUCGUGUUCAGGAGUUUAGUGCCUGGCGUGUUCUGUGCAGGAGCUGACCUGAAAGAAAGAGCGCUGAUGAACCACACCGAGUCGGAUCUGUUUGUUCACAGCCUGCGGUCCCUCAUGACUCAAAUAGCAAUGCUGCCCUCGCCGACCAUCGCCGCCAUUGACGGUGUGGCUCUGGGAGGGGGGUUGGAGCUCGCCUUAGCCUGUGACCUCCGCACCGCUGCCUAUUCCGCACAGAUGGGUCUGAUUGAAACGACGCGUGGGCUGCUCCCAGGGGCGGGGGGCAGUCAGCGGCUGCCGCGGACGGUCGGCGUCACCCUGGCCAAGGAGCUCAUAUUCACAGGACGCCGCGUGGGGGGGCAGGCAGCCCUGGACAUGGGGCUUGUGAACAGAGCUGUGGAACAGAACCAGGCAGAAGAUGCAGCCUACAGAGAGGCGCUCAGCCUGGCCAGGGAGAUACUGCCUCAAGCUCCUAUUGCUGUGCGAAUGGCCAAAGAGGCGAUGAAUAGAGGGAUGGAGGUCGACAUUGGUUCUGCGAUGGCCAUAGAGAGGAUGUGUUACGCUCGGGUCAUCCCCACACGGGAUAGACAGGAGGGCAUGGCAGCCUUCAUCGAAAAGAGGCCCCCACGGUACACGGGGGAAUGAAUCUGUCAAGAGUUCUGUCCCCUCAAACCAGAGGAUGGAGGUCAGCCUGAAUGCUCAGUGAUGACUUUGGUGCUUUUGUGAUGAUCAAAACAAGCCUGGGCUUAUAACAUCGGCACAUUUGACCUCA